AGCUAAAUUUUGAAAACAGAUUGUAUUCAAUUUUGUCAUAAGUAUGAUUAUCAUAUUUACUUCUACUCAAUAUUCCAUAUUGUCAUAUUCUUAUCAAGGUUUAAUUGUUUUUGCUUUUCAGUAUAAAUAGUAAGAAGGAAAGAAAAACCACCUCAUUGAUCUAUUUAUUUAAUAAGUUUCUACAUGCUUUUAUGUACCUUUUUGGAUUUUUGGUGUUGUAAGUCAUCAAUCAUUCUUAAAUAGCAUGCAAGCACCGGUAGAAAUUUUGUUAGUUUUCUUUUUUAAAUUGGUGUUUAAAUAGAUUUCCAUUUUAUGUUUUUGACCCUUAAUUUUAUGAUGGAUGAUUCUGCAUGUUAAACUAUAUUUACAAGUUUCAAAAGAAAAUGUAAAUUUUUGGGAAAUAUUCUAAUUGUUGUAUUCUUUUGUUGUGUCUUCAUGUUGCUGGUGUGAUUCCUUUAAUGGUCCCAUGAGUUGUUGUGAAAACCUGUAGUUUGGAGACAAAGGAGUGGUAAGAAAUUGCAUGAAUAAACUAUUAGUUUGGAGACAAAAGAGUGGUUGGAGAUGGCAAGAGUUCAAGCAGGAUGGAGAACGAAAGUGAAUGGCAAGUGAAGAGGAAAUCUUGUGUUUAAAUACUACCUGUUUUGACAUAAAAUAUUCAUAUCCAUAGUAGGUUUGUAACCUACAUUGUAGCUUUGUAGGUAUUAUAUGGGGAAGACUUAUUCAGCAAGUGGAUGAAAAAAAGACAAUCAUUACAAGUGGAUGUUAAUUAAUUUAAAGAAUGUCCAAUGCGGGAAGCCUACCAUAUCAUUUAAAAUACAAAAACAAGGAUAUUAUAAUUUAUUCACGUUUGAACAGUGGAUUAUUGAGAUGGCUGUUGUUAAGAUUAUUGAUUCUCCACUAUGAGGACCAAUUACAAUUUGAGCACUAAUCACAUUCUUUUCAAUCUAUAUUUCUACUUGAUUGAUUUGUUGUUAAAAAACAAAGCCGUUUUCCAACUUCAUCCUCCGACAACAACCUCCAGUCAUCUAUUGAGUACUGGAAUCGUCGAUUGAGUUGGUUUAUUUCGAGAUCUAGAAUCAGAUGCCCAUCGACCACCGCACCUGAAUUCAUCUCUCUCUCGAAGGCGCCUCCAUGGGAGUUAUGGAGAAUUCAAGUUUAAAAAUUUAAACCUCCUGACCCAAGGUCCUGGUUCCACCACUCAUUGCCUUUCAUGCUGACAUCACUGUGUAUGAGACGAAUCAUCACUUCAAACACACACAAAUUAACCUUCUUUCACUCCUCUCCCAAACUUGAACAACAACAACCUCUCACAAGAACCCAACUCAAAACCCUUGUUCUAAACAAUUACACCAAUGCCACCAACUUCACUAACCUCUUCCAAAACGUCGUUGCUUCACCCUCCGUCCUUUUCACCGCCUCCCACAACAUCUCCACAACCCAAAACGCACCGUUUCAUCCAUACUCCCUUGUUCAAGAGCUUCGCGAAAACCGGUUCGAUGUGGCUGCAUGCUGCUUUACAAUCACCCAAAACGGUUCUUCCUUGGUUUUACCCAAUUUGAAACUCAAGGUUGUUAUUGAAGCCGUUAGGAUGGUACUGGAAGCUGUUUACGACGAAAGAUUCGUCACUUUUUGCUAUGGUGGACGUGUUGGGAUGGGAAGACACACUGCUAUAAGGUAUUUGAAGAACACUCUUCAGAAUCCUACUUGGUGGUUUACUGUUAGGUUUAAGCCUCAUAGAUUUGAACAUGCCCAUGUUGAAAAGUUGUGUUUUUUCGUUGAACGUAAGAUCAAGGAUUGCGUUUUUAUUGAUUUUAUUAAGAGGUUGUUUGAAUGUAAGGUUUUGGUGAUUGAAUUGGGUGGUAAUUGGUUAGGAAAAGGGCUUCCUCAGGAAUGUGGUUUGUGUUCUAUUUUGAUGAAUGUUUAUUUUGAUGUGUUUGAUAAAGAGAUUCAAGAGACGCGACUUCGAGAAAAUCAAGAGAAUCGUGAAUUGGAUAUGAAGAUGGUUGGUUCUGGUUUGGGAUCUGAUGUGUUUUAUAAGCCGGUUAAGGUGUAUGCGGUUAGGUAUUUGGAUGAGAUACUCGUUGCUACUUCGGGGGGAUCCAAGUUGUUGGCUAUGGACUUGAAGAUGAAGGUUGUUAAAAGUUUGGAGCUUGGUUUGAGUUUGCGGGUUGAUAAAUUGAACACGGCUAUUCAUAGCGCGGUGUCAGAGAAGAUUGAGUUUCUUGGGAUGGAAUUGCAGGCUGUUCUGCCCUCGGUUUUACACCCACCUAUGUCAGAGAAAGCGAUCCGAGCACGGAAGAAGUACCUUAGACAAAAGGAAGUUAGAGCUAUUGAGUUCAGAAAUGCCAGGGCGAGGAAUAGGAGGAUAUUGGGGUUGAAGAUAUUUAAUCAUGCUUAUAAGAAGAUGAAGCAGAGUGAUGGGUUUAAGUUUGAUUUUAGUAUUGAAAACGAAGUCCGGGAAAUUUUUAAAUCUUGGGCAGAUGAAGUAGUGCAAGAGUUCUUGGGGAGUGUGGACGAGUGUCAAGAAUGGCAUCGGAGUUUAACAGCCGGUGAUUUCCUUUCCUUGAGACACAUUCGAGAUCAGUUACCGCCUGACCUUGUUGUUGCUUAUGAUAAGUUCGAAGAACAGGUAGAUAAACAUUUGAAUCCUGUAAAACUUAGGAAAGUAAUUGAGGACAAAGAAAGGAAAGAAAACCAAGAGGAAGAACAAAAAUAUUCAAAAGGAACAGUUGAGGAUUUGACUAGGUUCUGUAUAAAAGUAGAUGCACCAGUAGGACUCAUAAGAAAAGCUGUGAGGUUGGUUGCUUUUACAAAUCAUAUGGGUCGUCCAAGGCCUAUUGAUUUCCUCGUUGCUCUUGAGGAUGCUGAUAUUAUCAAAUGGUAUGCCGGCAUAGCAAGAAGGUGGCUUGACUUCUUCUGCUGUUGCCACAACUUCAAGGUGGUCAAAACUAUUGUAAGUUAUCACCUGAGGUUCUCUUGUAUCUUGACAUUAGCAGAAAAGCACGAAUCCACUAAGCGUGAAGCUAUAAAGCAUUUUAGCAAAGAUUUGAAAGUCUAUGAUAUGAAUGGAAUUGAUGAAAUACAUUUUCCCACAGAGAAGGAGGUUAAGAUGAUGGGAGAUAGAAAUCUUUCAGAUCCAAAACCUGUGGAUGGGGUUUUAUCGUUGGCAACAGUAAGACUGGCAUCUGACGAGCCUCCCACACAUUGUAUUGCUCAUUUCUGUGACAAGACAACUACAGUUUUUUAUCGGGUCCGAUUGCUACAAAACAGUUUGAAUGUGAACCCAUUCGAAAAAUGGGUGCAAGGGAUGGGAGUAAUUCAUGAAAGCCUGAACCAGAAGUGCCUCCCACUCUGUACAAAUCAUAUACAUGAUUUUUACUUGGGGAGAAUCACUUUUCAAGACAUUGACUUGUGUGGAUGUAGACUGACCGACGACUGCUGCUGCUAACUCAUUUUUUAGCUUGAAAUCGGUAAUGGAUAUGGUGUACCUGGCGGAGGUGCCUAUAAUGAUGUUCCCAAGCUUAACGAUGAUGAUGCUGGUAAAGAUGCAUCUGGUCAGCCUGAAUCUACACUUGAUAGAUGUUCAGAGCAGAAACCUGCAGCUAAAGAACUGCCAGAGUACCUCAAGCAGAAGUUAAAAGCUUGGGGUAUUCUUAAAGAUGAUAGACAUACCGCAGAUCUUAAAGGUACUUCAGGUGAAUUUAUGGGAAAUGAAAAGUUGCCUCCAGGAUGGGUGGAAGCAAAAGAUCCAGGAAGUGGUGCAUUCUAUUAUUAUGAUGAAAGUACCAGGAAGAGUCAAUGGGAAAAGCCCUGUGAAGCAUCCUUAACUGAGCAAUCAACACCAUGUUUGGGUCUUCCAAAAAGUUGGGUGGAGGCAUUGGACGAAACAACAGUUGUUUCUUCUCAAGCUUUUCUGCAAUUGCCGCUUCAGAUCCUGCAUUGACAUCUCUGGCUCGUUACCUAAUUCAUGAUUCUUCCGAAUAUGUCACGGGUAACAAUUUUAUUGUUGAUUGUGGAGCAACCUUACCUGGUGUACCGAUUUAUUCUUCUUUGUAAAGAAUAUAUACAUUGUGCACCCCCCAAAAAUAACUUUGAUCAGCUUUUUUAGUUACAUGUAUUGGUAGUAUAUAUUUGAUCUUGUGAUCGUAGAAGAAUACCUCCUAAUAUAACAUUGUUUAGAGAGUGAUUGAUUGUGAAACACAUCAUGCAGUGGUUAGAAUAAUUAUCCUGUUUGUAGAAUACCAUCUAAUCAGGUGGAAAACUGUAUGCAACCAAUCGAGAAACUCUAAAUCGUGUCUGUUUUCAAUUUGAUCAUUUUUCUCUAA